AUGAUAAGGAGACAUGAGGCUUAUUAUGAUUGUUGUUGUGCAUUAUGGUCACUUAAAUCUGACCUUGUUAUGAGGAAAUCAGGUGCUUCAAUGAUGGCAAUUUUUAUAAAAUUGUUAAUCGCUCCAGCUCCACAAUCCAUAUUAGCAGGUCAAAAUCAUCAUAUGACGCUGAUAUGAU